AUGGCCCCUCUGAGUCGCAGGUUCUGGGCUGGGUCCAUCCUGGGCUACGGUGUACUGUUCCUGGCCUUGGUUUUGGCCUGCUCAUCCUCCGCAAGCCCAAGCCCUCCACCAGCGCCCGAUGGGGGUCGCUGGAGCCUGGUGCGGACCAGGGUAAAGGAGCUGGUGGAGCCGCUGGUGACCGGGACGAAGGACAGGUGGCGGUGGUUCUGGGGUCCGAGCACCCUUCGGGGUUUUAUGCAGACCUACUACGAAGACCACCUGCAGGACGUGGGGCCGCGCACGCAGGCCUGGCUGGCGAGCUCCAAGGACAGGCUGCUGGAGCGCACCCGCAGCCUGUGCCCGCGGCUCCUGUGCGGGACGCCGAGCUGA